UUGAAAGCAAACAUUGGACGUCCUUCCCCAGACAUGGCGGCCCCUGUCCACAAAGCAGACUGCUGGAGAACUCCUGAAAUCUACAAACAUCACGAACAGAGAAAAGUUUGCAUUUCUCGACCAAAAUAUCGAGAUGGUAGGAAAGCUAAAGCGGUAAAGGUUUACACCAUCAACCUAGAGUCACGCUACCUGAUGGUGCAAGGCGUCCCAGCCAUCGGGGUGAUGCCUGAACUGAUCCAGCGCUGCGCCCUGUACGGGGUCAUCGAGGAGUACAGGCCCCUGGACGAGUACCCCGCUGAAGAAUUCACAGAGGUCUACCUCGUCAAGUUCCAGAAGCUCACCAGUGCAAGGGCUGCUAAGCGGCACCUAGAUGAGAAGAGCUUCUAUGGGGGUGUGCUCCACGUGUGUUAUGUUCCCGAGUAUGAAACCGUGGAGGACACCAGGCUGAAGUUACAAGACCGACGUCGAUACGUGAUGAGGACAUGCCAACAUAUAGCUAGAGAAAGGGAGCAGACGAAAGAAGCCACAGAGGAGGACCCUAAACCACCUGACCCCACCCCCAAAUCAGAGAGGUCCUCCAGAUCAACUGAUGAAAAACGUCCUGCUGCUGCUGCUGCUGUCUACACCCCAGCCCCACCGAGCAGCAGCCAUUACCUGGGCUUUCCAUCGCUGCCGUUACCACCUCAGGAAGACCGUUGGUACAGACGCAACACAACUCAAGCCGGACCGUCAGAGGACAGAAUGGGGUCGUUACACAACGCGUUCCCUGACACCGCACCGUCUGACACACCGGGAACCGGCACGGGGGUCCAAAGUCAAGACACAGAGACACGGGUGACUCCGAAGCUAGCCUCUGCGGUGAUGUUUGUACCGAGGACCACACAUUUGGAGAACAGGAAGCGUAGGCUGCAGGCGCCCCGUGACCCGCUGUUGUUGUCAUAUGACGUCGUGGGGGAGAACUCUCCUCUCGUUGGUCCUCAGCUCCCGGAACCGCCCCGGUUGGACAUGGAGGAUGAAUCACUGAACACGACAGUCCACCAGAUCAGGAACACACUGAAACAGGUGGACUCAGUUACUGCAAACAAACCAGCAAAGGUGAAGAAGACUAAGCCUCGCCGCAGGAUUUGAGAUCUUCCUUCUGUGGUGUUUCCCAGAGACUUUUAUCACCCAUCCAGACUAUUUAUACAUUUAUUUUUACACUUUCUGUUAGAGAAAUAUGAACACAUUUUUUGAAUAUAUUUUUAUUAAAACAAAAGAAAUUCACAUUC